AGUGGGCGUGCCAAGCUUGCUCAUCAGUGUGGUCAGUGCUCGUCGUGUCGUGUCUCAUCCAUCUACCGUGUCCGCGCGCGCAGGGGGAGGAUCCGGAGGAGAGCAGGGCGGCGGCGGCCACCACCACCACCACGACGUGCGGCGCGCGGCGGCGGCGGCCAUGGAGGAGCACACGCCCACGGCCGCGGCGGGCGGCGAGCGGCGGUACCGCGGCGUGCGGCAGCGGCCGUGGGGCAAGUGGGCGGCGGAGAUCCGCGACCCGCAUAAGGCGGCCCGCGUGUGGCUCGGCACGUUCGAGACCGCCGAGGCCGCGGCGCGCGCCUACGACGAGGCCGCGCUCCGCUUCCGCGGCAGCCGCGCCAAGCUCAACUUCCCCGAGGACGCGCGCCUCACCGCCCCGUCGUCCGCCGCCGCCGCGGCGUCGUCCGCGGCGGGGGCCUCGGCCGCCGGCGCGUACCCGGACGCCAGUGCCUUCUCGGAGUACCUGCAGUACCAGAUGCUGAUGCAUGGUGGUGGCUUUCCUCAUCAUCAGUACUACGGCGGCGCCGGCGCCGGCUCCGUGAGCAGUUCCUCGGGCUCCUACUCCUUUGCCGCCUCCUCCGUCACCGUGGCUUCUGUGCCGCCGUCCUCUGCUUCGGGAUACGGCGAGGCGGCGCAGUGGACCGGCACCAGCAGCUGGCCGGACAGUGCCUGGAGCUAUCCGUCGACUACGGGUUCUUGGUCCGGUUCCGGCAACUAUCCACCGUCAACUCGUCCUCCUCAAUAGUCCCUGCUCCUGUUCCAUCAUUCCCACGUCUUCCGUUUUUUCCCCUCUCCGAAAGAAGAAAGCUUCUUUGAUUGAGAAGAAAGAUGUUUUUUUUUGUUCAAGGUGCAUGCAUCCGUGCAAGAUCCAGAAGAAGGUUGCGAUGUCGUGUUUCUUCUUUGCUUGGUGGUGUGUUGAUCCUGUAUUAGUCAUGUGGUGAUGAAUUUCGGCUGCAACUUAAUGGAAAAGCACGUGAUAAAUAACAUUUCAUU